GAACUGUAAAAAUAAAAUACUCUACCCAUACUAUACUUGUUUACGACAAACAUAAUAAAAGAGAAGUCAGAAUAUUUGUUCAUUUGUGUAUUGAAGUGGAAACUCUGGUUUCUAUGAAGACACUUAGUAGUCGCGGUGAAUUAAACUAGAUUAUAUAUGCACAUGUAUUUUGAUCGUUGAUUUAUAUGCAUAUACAUGUCACAUACAUGUAUGUACAGCACGUAACUUCACGCGACGCUUUUGCACGUGAAUUCGUAGAAAUCGGGCUGAAUACAUAUUGUAUGUAUGUAUGCAUGUACUGCCGGUAGUGAAAUUUGUUUGUAUCUUCUCUUCGAGGUUAUGAUAUUUGAAGAGCGCUGUAUUUACGAAAAACGAAAGAAUCGGUGAAUUUAAAAUGAAAUCUGAAUUUAAAAUUGAAAGAGCAUUAUUAAAUUGACAAAGUUCUAUUGCGUAAAAUAAUAUGAAGCUAGUAAAACCAAAUUGGGUUACACACGAUGGUUUUCCAAUAUUUUCUGUGGAUAUACAUCCAGAUGGAAAAAGAUUUGCCACUGGUGGUCAAGGUGGUGAUUCCGGAAGAGUUGUCAUAUGGAACAUGGAACCAGUAGUCAAUGAAGUUGCAGAAUUAGAUGAAAAUAUUCCAAAAAUGUUGUGUCAGUUAGAUAAUCAUCUUGCAUGUGUAAAUUGCGUUAGAUGGAGUAAUAAUGGAUUAUUAGCAUCAGGAGGAGUAGACAAACUCAUUAUGAUUUGGAGAUUGUCCGGUGGAGUAGGUGGCAGUUCCAUGUUUGGUGGAAAGUCCAGUGUAGAAACAUGGCGUUGCAUAGCUACUUUACGUUCUCAUGAAGCUGAUGUAUUGGAUCUCGCAUGGGCACCACAUAGUCCAUGGUUAGCUUCUGCCUCAGUAGACAAUAGCGUAAUAGUAUGGGAUGCUUCAAAAUUCCCAGCUAUUGUUGCCGUAUUGAAAGGUCAUAAAGGAUUUGUGAAAGGGAUCACUUGGGAUCCUGUAGGAAAAUAUUUAGCUUCUCAAUCUGAUGACAAAACAUUGCGUGUAUGGCGUACUACUGAUUGGACAGAAGCAGCACUGAUAUCCGAGCCAUUCGAUGAAUGUGGUGGAACUACUCAUGUCUUAAGACUUUCCUGGAGUCCUGAUGGUCAGUAUUUAGUGUCAGCUCAUGCCAUGAACGGCGGUGGUCCUACCGCGCAAAUAAUCGAAAGAGAUGGAUGGACCCAAGACAAAGAUUUUGUAGGGCAUAGAAAAGCUGUUACGUGCGUGAGAUUCAAUGGAAAUAUUUUACAAAAGAAGCAACCGGGCUCUUCCAAGCCGCAACAAUAUUGUUGCGUUGCUAUAGGAUCCCGCGAUCGUUCCCUGUCUGUAUGGUUAACUUCUUUAAAAAGGCCUUUAGUAGUGAUACACGAAUUGUUUACACAUUCAGUGUUAGAUGCUAGUUGGUCACCGUGCGGUCUACGUCUAGCCGCUUGUUCUUGGGAUGGAUCUGUUGUACUUAUCGAGUUUACUCAACAGGAAUUAGGUCAACCAUUAGAUCCUGCUGAACAAAGUAGUCUCCACGAACGUUUGUAUGGUAAACCUUUAGUUCAAGGCAGUUGUACGGUGAUGGAAGCGCCAGAACUUCUUAAUUUGAAGACAACAUCCUCACCAACGCAAACCACUCAAACAUUAACAAGUAUAAAUUCAGUGCAACCGCCGACUACUACUCCUACAACUCCCGCGAAAGGCCCCAUUAAUAAACAAAUUGAAACAAGGACGUCCGAUGGUAAAAGGCGGAUAACACCAAUGUUUAUACCACCACCAUCAGACACAAUGGACUCGUCGAGUGCUAGAUUGGGAACACCAACAUUUACGAGUCAAGUAAAAAGUUCGAUCGUCAUAGAAAAGCGAAACGAUGUCGUAGCACCUAACGUUACUACUUCAGUGAAUUCAAUCAACACUAAUAGUCCAACAGCUACAUUGACUCUGAAACGACGCGAACAGACUACACCAAAACUAAAUCACGCUGCACUUUCUAAGAAACCGAAAAUCACAUCCGAAAGAAAUGCAAAUCAAAUUUUACUUCCCCCUUUGAAGCCAUCUAGUUCGUUGUCUCAACAAGCUGGCCAUUAUGCUGUAACCGUGACCAAUAGUCAAGGUUUAGCUCAUUUACAAGUGUUCAAGGGUACAGAUUCUGAACCAACUUGGGAUUUAUAUUUAGGAUACAGUGCUGUAGCAUUAGCAGCCUCUCCAGCGGUUAUUGCGCUUGGUUUAGAAGAUGGGAGCCUUCAUACGUUUCAUCCUGCAAAAGGAUGCCGACCAGCACCUCCUCUAGCUCCACCUGCACCACUUGCAAAAGUCCAUGCAGUUGGGAAUGCGGUAAUGGUCAUUUCAAGUUGUGGAGCAGUUCGUGUAUGGGAAAUAGGAUACUCAUGUAGAAUGAUAGUUUCUACAUCUGCUGCACAUUUGGCAGUACCAGGCACCUCCUUAUUAUCUUGCACUUUAUAUAAUGGAAUGCCUCAUUUAGCUUUUACCAAUGCCAGAGCAUAUAUAUAUCAUAAAGAAAUGGGUACAUGGUUAUUAAUUGGCGACAGUCAAGAUCCUAUAUGGCGUUGGGCAUCAUUCAAUGCGUCUAGUACAUCUGGAAGUAGAGUUCCCAGAGGACCUCUUUCUUCUUUACAAGAAGGAUUAUUGAGAACAGCUGGAAACACUUUACCUAAUCCAAGAUUACCCCAUAGUGCACCCAGCGUAGUGUCCUAUUUGGAACAACAAAUGCUUGCUUCCAGAGCUCUUGGUAGCACACAGGAAUAUGUACAUUGGCUCAUUGCUCUAGUAUCCUUUCUAUUAACUCAAGAUGGAUUAGAAAAACGUUUGAGGUUAAUUUUAGACGAUCUUCUGGGUCCAAGUCACACGUCUGCCUCAAAAAGUAUAUGGGAUCCUUUGAUACUGGGAAUGAAGAAACAUAAACUCUUAGAAGAUGUAUUGUCCGUUGUCGGUGGACACCUUCGUUGGCAAAGGUUAUAUCUCGAAUAUACAGAACAGUUAACAGCAUUGAGGAAUCAAACAGUUUGAAAGGAAAUCGAAUAAAUGUCAAUUUCGAUA